AUGCGCGGCUUUGCUCAGGCUGCCGCCGCAGUGCUAGCACCGGCGCUGGCGCUGGCUCAUGGCCCUCACCAUCCUCCUCCUCCUCCACCACCGCCACCUCACAUGGGAUUCCUACCUUCAGCUCUUGAUGUGACACCUUCAGCUUUCGUUUCAGUCAAGGUUCCUCUAAGCGGUUCUGAUUCGUAUCCUUUGACACUCAGAUUCGAUGUGGAGGAAUCAGAAGAAGCCUGUGGCCCUGCCAGCAUCAAGCUCAACGGCGAGCCGCUGACACAGGACGCCAAGGGUCGCGGCGUUGGAUCUUUCCUCGUCAACAACGAGACCGUCAUCUCGGCCGACUGGGACUUUGAGUGUAUCGGUCCCAAGGAGUUCCCCUUCGGCCAGUCAAUGCGCUUCAACGUCAAGGCCCUCGACGACAUGGCCCUCACAGAGGAGUCUUCCUUCUGGAUGACUUUCAAGCAAACCGCCCCAGUCCGGAUAUCCGACGUUGGAAACGCCGCCUACGUAUGGAGUCUGUCCAUGCCCUUCAGCGCCAAAGAAAAGGAUACCACGUCUGGCGACAAGUCCUCCGGCAACGCACCCCCUUCGAGCUGGGAGUACCCCGACCGCGAGUUCCAGGAUCCCGAGGAGGAGCUUCAGGUUGAGCUGCUCGAGUUGAAUGAUCUUCAUCAGCAGAUUGUUCGGCUUGAGAAGCUUGUUGAGGAGAGGGAAGCGUCUGUGUCUAAGAAGCUUGGCAAGAUGUAUCCUCCCCCUCCUCCUUCAACCUUCAAGAAGAUCAAGCAAUGUGAUGGCGUUCAGUGUGUUUUGCAUACCGUGACAGAUGAGAUGCGACACUCUGCGCACCGAUUCUACGAUACUAUCUUUGGACAUCCUCCUCCCCCUCACCAUGGCCCUCAUCACGGUCCUCACCACGGAAAUGGAACUCACCAUGGUCCUCAUCCUCCUCAUCAUGGCCCUCCUCACCACCCCCCUCCCCCACCACCUCCUCCUCACCACGGUCAUCCUCCUUUCCCCUUCCCCGGAGGUCACCCUCCUCCUCCUUUCUGUCCUCCUUGCUCUUGUGAUCCUCACCAUGGCAACCCCCCUCCCCCUCAUCACGGCGACAAGCCUCACGGACCUCAUCACGACAAGCCCGAAGAUGGUUUCCGUGCUGAGGAGCAAGAGGGACACCACCACCCACCACCUCCUCCUCACAACCCCAUCAUUGUGAUUCUUGGCGUUGUCGCCAUCGCCAUGGCUCUUUUCUGCGGUAUCACCGUUGCCUACAUCCACCGCCGCGUAGCUCGUCUCAGCCCUGAGUCCCGUCGUGCUAUCCGCCGCGCAUUCCGCCAAUCUCGUGACGAGCGCCGCAAGGACUCUGCUCUCAAGGCUGCUUACCGCGCCUUCGUUUCGCGAUGGGUUGAAAACGAUGAGGAGGAGAAGGAGGCUAUGCUCCGUGGUGACCGACGCCGAAGAGCUUCCUCCGGCAGCGACACAACUAUGGAAGAGGAGAUCGCUCAGUUCCGUGAGGCUGCUCACAUGGUUGAGGGCAUCGUUGCCGCUGAGGAGGGUCACAGCCGUGCCAGCUCUUACAGCUACACAACUGGUCCUGCCGUUCCUCCCCGCCCAUCACACCACAUCGCCGCCACCUCAUACCCCGGCUUCGUCGACAACGAUGACAGCCUCCCUGCCUACGACGACGAUGAGCGCGACUCAUCGGUUGUGGCAGACGGAUGCCGAUACACUCCUGGCAGCUCCGAUUACACCCCUUCCACCUCCGGAUCCAACGCCAGCGAUGUUCUGGGUGAUACCAAGAACUAA